UGGAUUUUGUAGUUUGGGAAGAAAACAACCUGAGAUUGACGGGAAAUUUAAGCGUGCAGAUAAAGGCAAAGGGUACUAAAAAUCACAAUAGAGCCGGCAAACGAUAUAGUUAAUAAAAACAGGUUCCAGAUUUUUCCAGUCACCUAGCUUGGGAACGCUCCUGAUACUGAUUGCUUUAUCUGGCACUACAGAAACAGUACGAAGUCAUCGCUAUGCGAUCAGGCCCAGUGUCCAAGUAGGUGCAAACCUGAGCACGGUAGCUGGCGUCAAACGUCCAAAAUUUUGGCCCAUUGGCGGUCGAAACGUCACAUCAACGAAUCAGCAUAAAUUGUUCAAAUCGAACGUCUUCUUACUAAUUCGGUAUGGUUGUGUGAAGGGCAGUCUCGUUGUAAAAGGCCGCCAUCAGGGGGAAACCAAGCGGUUUCGCGGGUACUGUCUAUAAAUUAAUUGAGAGACAAAUUUAUGCUGUGAUAACUGGGAUUCCGGAGAUCGCGUUAGAUAUCUGUGCGAUGACAGCUGACAAGUGAUAACCUUGGCUAGAUAUUAGGGCCGGCGCAAUGCUGUGCCUGUGGCCGCGAACACGCGGAUAAACACCCAGGUGAUAAAAGACAAAAGCAGCCAGCGGUAGCACGUAAACGGGUACUUGUUUGUACGUCCGUCGACUUCUGGAAAUUUAACUGUUACUGGGAUUGGGAUACACAAAUGAAGACAUCGAGUGUGUUGGAUGGAACGUACUCACCAGCUGUGUCGAUAGAAGAAAGAUUUACAGGCGUUUCUUUCAACGCUAAUUGGAUAACGUCGCCUUACGUUCUGUAAUGCUUCUAUGGCUACUCUGUACCUGGACUGAUUCAUACGCCACAAACGGUCCACAGUAGUAGUAGUGGUAGUGUGAUAACAAGCGGCCAGUCGUCUACAGAGUAUUUUGCGGCUUUGUGACUGUGCUGAUGGUGGUGAAUAUUUCAGACGUAAUGGAAACUAACUUUGAAAUCAGCUAAUUGGUCUACGAUUGGGACAGAAAAGUGUAUUUUGAACACAGAAAUAAGGCUAAGAAAUGAGGCCAAUUUGUGGGAAAGCAUUCGGACUGUUGAAUAGGACACUUGGAUCCAGGCUCACGUUAGCGCGUCGGUUAAGUACAGCACCUGACCCGUCGAAACGUGUGGGCAUCUAUCUGAGUGCACAGGAAGCCCUUGCUGGCAUCAAAGAUGGGGACACGGUCAUGGUUGGAGGAUUCGGGAUUUGCGGUAUUCCUGAAAACCUACUUAAACAUUUGGCCUCUACGCGGUUACGCGACCUUACCGUGGUGUCAUGCACAGGAGGGAUGGAAGAUGCCGGCGUCGGCCUACUGAUCAAGGCAGGACUAGUUAAAAGGCUCAUCUCCUCAUACAUUGGCGAAAAUAAGGUCAUCUUCGACAAAUUCCUCAAUGGACAGCUCGAAGUCGAGCUAGUUCCUCAGGGAACAUUAGCUGAAAGGAUCCGAGCUGCAGGAGCGGGUAUCCCGGCCUUCUAUACACCAACGGGAUACAAGACAAUGGUCCAUGAGGGUGGCAUGCCGAUGAAGUACAAGGACGCAGGCAAAACUAUCACAAUGAGGAGCCAACCAAAAGAGACUCGCGAUUUUAACGGGCGAGGUUAUGUGUUGGAGACAGCGAUCCACGCGGAUUUUGCCCUCGUUCGUGCCUACCAAGCGGAUACGAAAGGGAAUGUGACGUUCCGCAGAACUGCAAACAACUACAAUGAAGUCAUUGCUAAGGCCGCAAAAAACGUUGUCGUCGAAGUAGAAGAAAUCGUCGAGGCAGGAAUUCUUGAAGGGGAACACAUUCACCUUCCAUCGAUCUACGUUAAUCGCAUAUUCAAGGCACAGCAAUUCAAACGGCAGAUCGAGAAAUUGAGAGUGUCGAAGACGGCAUCCGAUGUAACGGGUGGGCCUACGACCAAACCCUCCGCUCGGGAACGCAUCAUACUUCGUGCCGCUAAAGAGUUGAAGGAUGGCAUGUUUGUAAAUCUUGGCAUUGGAAUACCAGUUCUCGCAGCCAAUCACUCGCCGAAAGGUGUUAAUAUUUGCCUGCACGGCGAAAAUGGAAUCAUGGGCCUGGGUCCAUAUCCUACGAGUGAGGAUGUCGAUCCGGAUUUAACAAAUGCCGGGAAAGAGACAGUUACUGCUAUUCCCGGAGCCGCGUACCUCAGCUCUGACGAAUCCUUCGCCAUUAUACGAGGAGGUCAUCUUGAUCUAACGAUGCUUGGGGGAAUGCAAGUGUCAGAAAAUGGAGAUAUCGCCAACUGGAUUGUGCCGGGGCAAAAGAUAACCGGUAUGGGCGGUGCAAUGGAUCUGGUAGCAUCUAAUUCGGCAGGAACCCGCGUCGUUGUUACAAUGGAACACAACACAAAGGACGGGAACGCCAAAGUUGUCCGCAAAUGUUCGCUGCCUUUAACUGGCCAGAAAUGCGUUGAUAGAAUCAUCACUGAAAAGGCGGUGUUUGACGUCUGCAAAACGAAAGGCCUCACCUUAAUUGAAAUUGCCCGCGGGCUGACGGUGGACGAACUGCGGAAGUGUACUGAAGCAUCCUUUGAGGUUUCAAGCAACCUAAAAUGUAUAGAGGACCCAUAGAAUGCUUCGGCGAUGCCGAACAGACGAUUUAACUGAAGAAUCGAGAAUGCCCUACCGAAUAGAACUGGCCGGAGGUUUCCUUACAGUCUCAGGUGGACAAUGUGGCCUAUAGGUGAAUGCGGUUAAUUAGACUUAGGACAAUCUACGAAAGGCUUUACGCUAGUACUAACAACAUAGAUGUAGUGUGAAUUAGCCCGAAAUGAAUUCACGUCUGUUUUGGGUUUACGCGUGCGUCCAACAGGCGCUCUACAAGCCAGUCGUCUCGAACCUAUUUAAAAGGGUAUCUUAGUUAGGCCGUAGUUGCUCGAGACCACUGUGUCGUACCUAUCAGAGCAGAAACAAGCAAUUUAUUUGAGACACUCGUGUUAAGUCGCUGUUCCGUAUUCCUGUUAUCUUCACUUCUGCUGUUUGACUGACUUUUGGCAUAUUUGCUGCUACCGCCACCUACUAUCAUUCUUCAGUGACGUUCACGCUAGUAGCAGUUUAAUGUCCUUCUUUUACGCCCAUAUUACAAUGCACCGAUGUAAUAUCUAAACGACUGAAUAAAUAAAAAAAUUUAUGUUUUUGCAUAAUUGAA